CGCAUUAAUUAAGCGAUUAUUUGUCUUGCUCUAAUUAAACUCAGGGCCAGCGUCAAGUUCUGGAAGGAAGACGAGAAUUAUCAAAAUGCGGAACUUCAUUAUCAUCGCGGUUCUGUCAGCUCUGGUAGCUUGCUAUGCCGAUAUUCCAAGUUUGGAGCCGAUGUCCUUAGUAUAUGAUGAGGAUGAUACAUCUAUUGACGGGAAACUUAUGUCCAGUGCAGACGUGAAUUUAAAAAAUACAGCAUGGGUUGUUAUAUCUGAGUGGCAAUGUAACGCUCCAGCAGUGGCAGGCCUAGUGCAGCGUGUUAGGGUGCAUUAUGAUGGCGCACCCAAUCUCACGAUAAACAGACUCAUAGUAACAUACACGGUAACUCCUGCAGCAGUAGAUUGGACUCCUCUAUCAACGAAUGUCAUGACUGUAAUUAUACGAUCUCAUGCUGGGCAACAGGUUAACGCAAAUGUAACCUUGCUUCGAAGAGCGUGAAGAAUUGAUACUGGUUCAUAUGCUAAGUUCUCCACCUUUGCAAUCUGUAUCCCCUUCAGUAUAAUACUGUUAUUAUCAAACAGUACUGAAUAAAUUUAAUGAUUUUGAUAAAAAAAUGACCUCU